AGUAGUCGAGCCUCUUUACAAGAACAGAGAUAAACAACAAGCAGCAGACGAGACGACGUCUGCCGUCCAAUCAAGCUUUACAGUUACAGAACUCAAAACUCGGAUUUGCAGUGAUUUCAUUUGAGAGAUGGUGAACUCUGCGAUGAAAAGGCCCAGUUUGGAGCAGCGGAAGGUGCGUUCUCGUGACGCGGCACGCUGUAGGAGGAGUCAGGAGACUGAGGUGUUUUACGAGCUGGCACACUCGCUACCCCUUCCACGACGUAUCGCCUCCCACCUGGACAAAGCUGCCAUCAUGAGGGUGGCGCUCAGCUAUCUGCGCAUGAACCGCUUGAUCCAAACCGCGGGGCCAACAGAAACGAAGACGGAGGAAAUGGAGAAUCCCACUGAUGGCUUUUAUCAGCAGGCACUGGCUGGCUUUAUUCUGGUGAUGACCGAGGAAGGGGACAUGAUCUUCCUCUCAGAGAGUGUCAGCAAAUACAUCGGCAUAACACAGCUGGAGCUGCUUGGACAGAGUGUGUAUGAGUUUGUUCAUCCCUGUGACCAAGAAGAAUUGCGAGACAUCCUCACCACAAGACCAGGUAUUUCAAAGAAAAAGACAGAGAAGUCGGUUGAACGUAGUUUUUUCCUUCGGAUGAAGAGCACACUCACCCACACAGGAAGAACAGUUAAUAUCAAGUCUGCAAACUGGAAGGUCCUUCAUUGCACAGGACACAUGCAGACGUUCAGCGGUGAUGACGAGAACUCGCUCCCUGCUGGCAGCUUCCUGACACUGCUGUGCGAGCCCAUUCCUCACCCUUCCAGCGUUGAAUUCCCACUGGACAGCAGCACUUUCCUCACACGCCAUAACAUGGACCUGACUUUCACACAGUGUGACGGACGAGUCACUGAGCUUGUUGGAUACCACCCUGAGGAUCUGAUUGGCCAGUCUGCCUAUGAGUUUUUUCACGCCCUUGAUUUUGACCAUGUGACCAGGAGUUUAAACAUCUUGUUCUCCAAGGGCCAGGUGUGCACCAGCCAUUACCGGUUUCUGGCUAAGAAUGGAGGAUUUGUCUGGACUGAGACUCAAGCCACUGUCCUCUACAACAGCAGGACGUCUCAACCCGAGGCUGUGGUCUGCCUCAACUUUAUCCUCAGUGGCGUGGAAGAGGCAGAUGUUGUGUUCUCAUUGGAACAGACCUGUGAGAAACCAAAGCCCAAAGUUGAGAGGCUGUGUGAGCUGGAGGAGGAGGAGGAGGAUAAGGAGGAAGAGAAAGAGAAAGAGGAGGAGGACUCCGACAUGGAGGAGAGCAGCACUGCAGAGCUCUUCCUCCAGAUGAAGGAGAACCCAGAGGAGUUACUGCAGCUGGCACCUCACUCUGGAGAUGCUAUCAUUUCCCUAACAGAGUGUGUGGAGUUGUCCUUCUGCCGUCCACCUAGUCCCAACAGUAUCCCAGAAUGCCCUCAGGACUUCUGUACGCCUGAACUCCGCCAGCUCCUUUCUCCGAUAUUCGACGUUCGGCCCUCCAACUCUCCACCUGCCGCAAGCCCCGCUGAAGAGCUGCCCGUGGAGAUGGAAGUGGUACAGAAGUUCUUCACCCUCAAACCUGAAGAGAGCGUAACUCUGAAAGGACAGUCAGAGGCUAUGGAUGAGCUUGAUUUGGACAUGCUAGCUCCAUAUAUCUCCAUGGAUGAUGACUUCCAGUUGACCUUCCUGCCCCAGAGUGAAAUGGCUGCAUCUUCAGAAAAGAUAACAAACACUUCAAGGAAACGAUGUUUAGAAGAUGAGGAGGAAGAUGACAUUCCUGUUCUGGCUGCCAAAUGGGAGAAGAAACAGUUGAGCAGCUCCAUAGAGGAACAGUUUCUGCUCAGCCACACAUUACUGAAUGGCUUGUCCGAUGAUGCUUCAGAAGAAUUUGAACCGCCACCUCAAAAGCGAAGUCAGCUUUUGACCGACAGGGACCCGUUACUGGGCGGAGUGCAGGGGUUGUGUGAUACAGCAGCUCUCAUGAGAGGCACCUUCCUGUCACGCCCACCUGACUUAAUGCGACCUGUUGCUGAAACAAUGGCGUCCCUUACUUGAAGAAUGAACAGUGUGGACGAGUUCUCAGCUAAUACAGUGACCGCUAACAGGGAAGGUUACAAAUAACCCUCUUCUCGCUCAACAUGUAUCAACUUAACAUGUAUUUCAGAAAGUGAUGUUUUACGCAUUAAACACAGGAGGAUAAUUGGUCCAAACAUUCUAUUACAUAUGUCCAUCUCUUUUUUUUAAAUGUGUGUGUGUGUAUAUAUAU